GCUGCUGGCCCCGCGCUCAGUCGGGCCCCCGGUCCGGAUUCUGCCGGACUAUGGCGGCGCUCGGGGCGCUGGCUACGAAGUUGUGGUGCAUCCGGCGUCUGCUGGUGCUGGUGGCCACUCCGCUGGUGCUGCUGCCCAUCCCCUUCAGUCUCCCGCCCCAGGAAGGAAAAUGCCUCUUUGUCAUCCUGCUGAUGGCGCUCUACUGGUGUACAGAGGCCCUGCCUUUGUCGGUGACUGCUCUGCUCCCCAUCAUCCUCUUCCCCUUCAUGGGCAUCUUGCCCUCCAGCAAAGUCUGCCCCCAGUAUUUCCUGGACACCAACUUUCUCUUCCUCAGUGGGCUAAUCAUGGCCUCUGCCAUUGAGGAGUGGAACCUGCACCGGAGAAUUGCCCUAAAGGUGCUGAUGUUCGUUGGGGUCCAGCCAGCCAGACUCAUCUUAGGAAUGAUGGUGACCACCUCGUUCCUGUCCAUGUGGCUCAGCAACACAGCCUCCACUGCCAUGAUGCUCCCCAUCGCCAAUGCCAUUCUGAAGAGUCUGUUUGGGGAGAAGGAGGUUGUCAGAGACCUUGGCCGGGAGAACGAAGAGAAUAUGGCUGCUGUCCAGAGAAAUGGCCUGCGCACCAUCCCCACUGAGAUGCAGUUUCUGGCCAGCACAGAGGACAAAGUCCUACCAGAGGAUGUGGAGGCCCUACCAGAGAUAGCCCCUGCCACAAAGAAGGAGGAAGAGUACCAAAGAAACAUCUGGAAGGGCUUUCUCAUCUCCAUCCCGUAUGCAGCCAGCAUUGGCGGUACAGCUACCCUCACUGGCACCGCCCCCAAUCUCAUCCUGCUGGGCCAGCUGAAGAGCUUUUUCCCACAGUGUGACGUGGUGAACUUUGGGUCCUGGUUUGUAUUCGCCUUCCCCCUCAUGCUGCUUUUCCUGCUCACCGGCUGGCUGUGGAUCUCCUUCCUGUACGGCGGCAUCAAUAUAAGGCGCUGGAGGACAAAAAAAUCAGAAAUCCGAGCAGACGCUGAAGCUCGAGCCCAAGCUGUGAUAAGAGAAGAUUACCAAAAUCUGGGCCCAAUCAAGUUUGCAGAACAAGCGGUCUUGUUUCUCUUCUGUUUGUUCGCCAUUCUUCUCUUCUCCAGGGACCCAAAGUUCAUCCCCGGCUGGGCCAGCCUGUUUUCCCCUGGAUAUCUUUCUGAUGCUGUCACAGGCAUCUCUAUUGUCACGGUACUGUUCUUCUUCCCAUCCCAGAAGCCGGCUUUCAAAUGGUGGUUUGAUUUGAAAGCUCCCAACACGGAGAUGGUGCCCCUGCUGUCUUGGAAGAAGGCCCAAGAGACAGUGCCUUGGAACAUCAUCCUCCUCCUGGGUGGGGGCUUUGCAAUGGCCAAAGGAUGCGAGGAGUCAGGCCUGUCGGCAUGGAUCGGUGGGCGGCUGCAUCCCUUGGAGAAUAUGCCACCUGCCAUCGCAGUCCUGCUUAUCUCUGUGGUCAUCGCCUUCUUCACUGAGUUUGCCAGCAACACAGCCACCAUCAUCAUCUUUCUCCCGGUCCUCGCUGAACUGGCCAUUCGCCUUCGAGUCCAUCCCCUGUAUCUGAUGAUCCCAGGCACAGUUGGCUGCUCCUAUGCUUUUAUGCUUCCAGUGUCAACACCCCCCAACUCCAUCGCCUUUGCUUCUGGACAUCUGCUGGUCAAAGACAUGGUACGGACAGGCCUCCUGAUGAACCUUGCAGGUGUUUUGCUGCUUAACUUGGCCAUGAAUACAUGGGCCCAGAGCAUCUUCCAGCUGGGGACCUUCCCAGCGUGGGCAGAGGACCACUCAAGCAAUGUCACGGCGCUGCUCCUUGACGAGUACAACAGUACCACCACCCUUCAGCCCCUCCUCAAUGUCUGAGCCCCUCCCAAUGGGGUUGCUCGAAGGACUCACUUGGGAUAGGGCCCUUCCCAUCCCAGCCAGGCCCUCCCAGAGGGCAUCCCCCACACCUGGUGCUCAUCUCCAACUGGCCAGCAAAGUGAUUUUGUUUCUGAUCAAAUAACUGCCAGGUGAAGGAGACCUUCAGGACUCCUGCAGAGCCUCCUACAGAGGAUACAUUCCUCCUCUACCACCACCCUCCACUCCAGCCCCCAACUCCCACAUGACAGAGCACAGCUAUGCCUUGAACCAGAUAUUCCAGGAAGCUACUUCCUUUACCCCCAAGGUCUCCCAUUAGUAUUCAGUUGGGCCUUGUUUUUGUAGGCCUCAGCAGCUGUUGAAGGAUUUGGGUUCCAAGAAGUCUUCUUUUUAUGCCCCAUGAAGGUUUACAAAGUAUCACGACAAGUAUCUCAAGUGUUAUUAUGCCUAUUUUACAGAUGGGGAAACUGAGGCCCUGAGAUGGGAGGCUACUUGUCCAUGGUCAUAGUAAGUGUUAGAUGCACUUGCUGGGGUUUUUUUUUGGAAGGGGGAAGGCAGGGCUAUUGGGGAUAAGUGAUUUGCCCAAGGUCACACAGCUAGUAAGUGCAUCAAGUGUCUGAGGCUGAAUUUGAACUCAGGUCCUCCUGACUCCAGGGCCGGUGUUCUACUCACUGUGCCACCUAGCUGCCCCAGAUGCAGGGCUCUUGACUCCACAUCCUGUUCUCUGUCCGCUACACCAUGUUGCCUUUCCAAUGAGGCCCAAGAGCUCCUACAGAUUUAGGUUAAGCUCAUUAAAGAUCAGUCAGUAGCUCUCCUGCCACAGCCACCUCUGCUCCUUCAGCUACAACAGACUUGAAAAUAUUAUCUGACGGAUAAGAAUUUGCAUUUCUUUUAUAGGACAUUUACCUCAUUAGAUUGUUUCAGUUCCUACAAUGGCUUUUAGGACUAUCGUUUUUAUAUCACAGUGCCAUUGAAUUUCAGAAAACCUUUUUAUUUUGGAGCCAAAUUAAAUUCUAAGCACAUAGGCACAUGUAUGUAUAUGCAUACACAAUGCACACACACACACACACACACACAGAUUAAGUAGGCUUUUGUAGAAUGCCCCAUAUUCCAUGAGAAUGCCCCAUAGUCAAUCAAGCAUAGGGCCACAAAAUCAUAGACUUCAGCAGCCACCUAGUUUUACUCCCUCCUUUUACAGAUCAGGAAAUGGAGGCAUGUCAAACAGACCAGUGUUUCAAGGGAACAAGGGGAUAGUUAAAAUGAAGUACGGUGAUUUGGAAAUCAAGGCUGUGGCAUCUCUUGUGCAGAAUCACACAGAUGGCAGGAACCUUGGAGAUUUCAAAUACAGCCCUCCCUGAGCAAGAAUCCCUUCUUCAGCAUCUCACUGAGGGAUAUCUGGCUGUUGCUCGGAGCUUGCCAGUGACAGGGAACCCCCACCUCCCAAGGCAGCCCUUUCCCACUUUAAGACAACUCCAAUUAUUGAAAAGUUUUCCCUAACAUGAAGCCAAAAUCUGCCCAACUUCUCCCAAGUGCUCUUAGUUUUGUCCUCAGGAGCCAAAGUGAAUGAGUCUCACUUCCUUUCCACGCAACAGACCUUCAAAUGCUUCGAGGUGAUAACUGUGCCCUAUCCCCUAGGUUUUCCUUUCAGGCUCAACAUCGUCUCUCUGGUUAGUGCUCCCGUGGCACAGUCUCUAAUUUCCAGACCUUUUAAAAAGAGGAUUAACAAGCAAUCUAGAAGACCCACCCAAAGGGCUUGUCCCCCAAGCAGGAGAUCAUCUGAAGAUUUGGUGACUAAUUCCAAGUCCAAAUUAGGCAUUUUAGAUGGGGCUGCCCUGCCAUCUCUGGGAUCCUCCUGAGCAGAAAAGGCUAAACCCUUAACUGAAGGACCAAUCUGGUUCAUUCUGAUUUUCAGAACUUCAAGUCCUGAGUCAGAAUUGUGACUUGGACACCCCCACCUCUCCCGGGGAAUCACGUUUCAUAUUUUCGUGCAAAGCACUGUGAUACUGGCAGAUUUCUGGAACAUAUAAUCAGGGAGGCAGCAGAAAACACAUCUAUAGUAGGCUUCUCACACCCAGAGCAUCCAGGAGCAGAGGGUGAAAGAGACACAAUGCAGCUUGGAAUUCCCAGUCUGAGCCAGUGACUUUCUCUUUCCCCCUCAGACGUGCACACUGACUUCCCCCCUGGAGUGUUUUUGGAAAGGAGAGAUGAGUUCUAACCUUUCUGGGUCAUACCUUCCCCCUCCUAACAUACUUCCUUCAAUGGGAUGCACCUUACUGGAAGUUAGCACAUGCUAUCCCAAACAAUGUUAUUUAAAUUUAUGAGAGGAAAAAAAUUGCCGAUCUACCACAAAGUCUCAUCUGGUUGAUUUUUUGUACUUUCAAUGAAAGGACUUAUAGGCACCAGUGAUUUCCACUUAUUCUUCAUCUCCAUUUAUAAAUCAUUCUUUCUUUUUCACUCAGAAUCAUAGAGUCAGAGAAUGUCAGAGCGGGGGUGACCUUAGAACAGAGAAUGUCAGAGCUGGAAGGCGCCUUAGAGCAUAGAAUGUCAGAACUGAGUGUAAUGACAGAAGUGGUUUUUCAUUUUUUAUGUCACAGGCCUUAGAACACAGAUCGUCAGAGCUGGAAGGCCCCUUAGAACAUAGAAUGCCAGCUGUAAAGGACUUUCCAUCACAGAACAGUAGAAUUGGAAGAGCUCUUAGAACUGUGAGUUCAGAAGAGGGCUUUCCAGCAAUUCCGUCUACUCCAACCCCUCUUGCACCCUAUAGAAGAAGAAACUGAGGCCCACAGGAACUUCCCCAAGAUACCAUAGUUAGUAAGUGGCAGAGCCUGGAUUUUAACCUUCGUUUCCUGGCCUGAAGCCUGGGGCUCUGUGUAGCACACCUUGCACUUUGUGUAUGUUGGAAAAGACCAAGCUUUCAGGUCAUGAGAUCAGUGUAGAACUAGCAAGGCCUUAGCUUUAUGCGGGCUGGUGGCAGCAGGAAAUCACUGCAGGGGUUUAUUUCUAUUUUGCUUUAAUAUAAAUAUGCCUGUAGGGGGUGCCUACCCUCCCUCUCCUCAAUUUACCCCACCUACUUGUUUACCAGUACCAGAAAUUGUAUAAUGUGGGACAAGGCCUUCCCUCCUACAGUUAGAAAAGAGGCUAAAAAUUGUCAAUCUUCCUAGAAGGGGGAAACCAGGGACUAAAACUUAGUUAUACUGUGGGAUAAACGACUGCUAUCGCAACCUUUCCAGGGGAAGGGAGAGGACAAGAGAGAACUAGGAGCCCUGCAACUGUACCGACAGACACUCAGUCUACGUUUAAUUACAGUUACUGUUGAUAAGGCAAUUCCCUCGUGGUCUUCUUACAUGUGAAGGGGUGGGAGCGUAUCAACAAUCUGCUCCAGAGCCCUUUUCUAGAGCCCGGGUGCAGGCAUCUAGAGAUGUCUUGACUUGCAGAGCAUUCUUGAUUAUAAAACCUAUAUAAUAAAAGACCUUAAUUGGAACCUUA